CGAGAUUUUAGAAAUCGGUUAUAUAAACAAUAGUGUACACCAAUCAUUUUAUGUACUGCUCUUAAUAGUAUUGUUAUUAUUGUUAUUAUGCGUUACCCAAUUCACCCUGUUUGUAUAGUGAUAUAAAGAUGGUCUGAUCUAAAUUUCGGUACCUGAAUAUAUAUAUAUAUAUAUAUACGUUUGUGCUGAACUGGACAAUAAUUUUCAGUUAUUUUCUCUUAUAUAUCAUAUAAAUAUAUGAACUUAGAUAUUAAAGUAUAACAAACUUAAAAGGCUUGAUUAUCUCUCAUUCGUUUUACGUGCUGGUUAAUCAGUCGACCAAAUUGUCAAAUUAGUAAUAUAUUAACUAUAAAUGAGUUCUUUCACUCUCAUCUGUGUUUUUGUCGUCAACAUUUUUGUACAAGGAUUGGUCAGCAGUCUGCCUGAAGAAUAUGAAACUCAGGUGAAAAACUAUCCAGACAUUAUACAAUCUAAGGAAAAAUGUCUGCCUCAACAAGGCAAUUAUGAAUUUGCAAGUACACUCGUUUGUGAUCCGGAUGGCUUGUUAUCUGUUGCACAAAUAAACAUGUUAAACACCAAACUACAUCACAUCAGAACAUCUGUAAACUUCGACAAACCUAGCUGUGAUAUAAAUAAUCCACGGCCAGUAAUAGGAGUGGCGAUAGUUAAAAAGAUAGAAGUUGAUCAAAGUAUUCUGGCCUUUGUUGAUUAAAUUCAAAUUCUAAGUCUGUCGUUAUUAAUAUAUAUAUAUGCACAUGCAGCUACACUGGAUUAGAAUAAAAGCUAUUACCAAAUCUUUAUGCGAAUUCCUUACCCAAAAGUACUAUCGAGGAGUAACGUUUGUAAAAUUAUUUCUCUAGUAUAUUUUCAAAGUCAUGUAAAGAUAUAAAAAAACUGUUUUUCAUUUGAGUUUUCUCCCACUUGCAGGUACUAGAAUGGAGAAGAGACUGUGUGAACCCGUUUCUGAAAUAAGACCUCAGAUACUCUUAGGUAGAGUAAUGAAAGCUUAAUAAAUCUCAAACCAUUGAAAUGCAUAUCUGGUAAACCAUGAACUCAACAUGUCCAUUAUGUCGUAGAAUUGUGAGUUGAUGAAAAGCAAUCGUGUAGAUGGACUAUAAGCAGCAAUCAUAGUUAACAAGCACAUGGAGAACAGAUUAUGAAAAUAUCAAGAGUUUCCUAACAGAGCUAUCAAAAGUGAAAGUGAUAUUAACGUAUUAGUGGACGGUUACUUAUAGUUGGUCAAAAUUAAUUCUCUACAACGUUACUUUUUGAAAAAGCCUUAAUGUAAAUUAUAUUUUCUUAAAAUUUUAGCAGUAGUGAAAAUAAUAAGGAAAUUUUGUUUUUAUAUGAAUGGAGAAUCAGUUAGUAGAAACAUUGAGGACUCGGUAGUAAUAUUUACCAGUUUUCUGAAAAGGUUUUAGGUUCGUACACACAUACUGUAGAAAAUUACAGAGGUCACAAAUGGUAAAUGAAGCCGAUAUUAUUGAAGUACGAAAUGUCAGUCAGUUACAACGUAGGACCAGGCACAUAUAUGCGUCAGUCCAAGUUGACAUAGCUCAUUAGCACAACAAGAUGGACACCAAAUUCAUAGGAGUAGUCACUUCAGGAGUAGUAAUAUAUAAAAGGAAGAUUAUGCAUAAGGAUAUAGUACAGGAAGAAAUAAUUAGUUCGUAGAAAGAUAUAAAGCAAUUUUAAUCUCACGGUUUAAGGGACGACAAAGAAUGUAUACACAUACGCCAUGGUGAUCGAUUCUGAGCCAUGUCACCAAGAGUCUCCAACCAUUGGUUACGAUAGUCACGCGGACCCCAACCAAGUAGUCUGCAUCCACCAACAUGGCUCGGACUAAACGUUAGUGUCUUCAAGCACUGAUGCCACGUUUUGGUUUGGCCGCCCCUAACUUCCUUCCAACCAUCCCCAACACUAGUCAGCAUUGUACGUCGUGGUAAUUGGUGUUCAGGCAUACGUAACACGUGGCCCAACCAUCUCAGUCGAUGAAGAUUCAUAACCUCAUCAACUGGUUUACCAUCAUUCCCUAAUACCUUGCAUCGAACCUCACUAUUACUUAACCCGGUGAUUCCAGCAGAUGCCAGCUAUAUUUCUAAAACAUCUGUGAUCAAAUACUAGUGACUUUCGAGUAUCCUCUACCUUUGAUGGCCACGUUUCGCAGCCGUAAAGUAGAACAUAACGAACUGCCGCGCAGUAUACUCGUCCCUUAAUUGAUAGACGGAUAUCUCGCCUUCGUCAUAGGUGGUGAUGUAAUUAUUUGGCAAAAGCCAAGCGAGCUUUUCGAAUCCGUGUUGAGAUUUCGUCAGACACCAACCCAUUAGGGCUGAUGAGACUUUCAAGAUUAGUGAAGUUGUCGACGCAUUCCAAACAUUCUGGCAUUGUUGCUCAGUGCUACCAAAAGACUGCACUUUAUCGGCGUCUUCCAGUUUUUUUUUAUUGGUUGGAAAAGCUGUCUUGUGUUACCGACAGUCGCUGACUUUUCCAUCUCUUUUACUUUCGUUGCCCUGAUUCAUUUUCGCUCUUUAUUGUGUCCGGAGCCUGAUGGGACGAGUUUAUGAGUAUCUUUCAGGGCAAUAGACUUAGAAGAAAUCCACUGGGUUUUCGUAACCCUUUGGUUCAAAUCACUAGUAGAUGUCACUGCUGUUUCCGCAGCUAUUUGUGUAUCUUUCCAAGCAACAUCUGGAUCAGCCUUGUUUUCAGAACUACCUAAGUGUGACUUCAGUUGUUCCUGGAAUCUACUUCUGACUUCCUCGUCACUGAGUUCAACUCUGAUGGAUCUUCUUAAUGUAGCUUUCCUGAGUCCAGUGAGGUGCAUGCAAAUGCGUGCUUGUAUUAUAGCAUGAUCUGAGUCCAAACAGGUAUUCCAGAAAGAGCGACAGUCUUCUAUCGAGCCUCUCCAACGAUGACUGAUGGCAAUAUGGUCUAUUUGAGUCCAUCGUUGGUUUGAUGCUGGGGGUCGCCAUGUUAGACGAUGUCUCUCCUUAUGCUUAAAGUUAGUGCUUGUUAAAAAUAGACGAUUAUCUGAGCAAAUGAUCACCAUUAAAGUCACCUGCUACGAGCACUGUGUCCGAGGGUUUAGCUUUCUGAAGAAAUCCAGAGAGUUUUCUGUGAAAUUCAUCUUUCACUUCAUCCGGGCUGCAGUCAGUGGGAGCGUAGGCAGAAAUGACAAAAAGGCAACGACGUGUGUCCCUAUCCUUCCGAAUUCUUACGGAGUUGUUUAGGCGAACAGCACAUAGACGACUGUUAACGGGAAUCCAUUUUAAAAGUGAUUGUUCUGCCCUCAUACUUAGUGCUAUGCCUACACCUGCCAGUCCAAGAGAACUAGCCAUCGGGUUCUCAGAUACACGGAGGGUAUAUCUCGUCGGCUCCACAUUUUGGCGAGGUGAUGUCAAGUUAAUAACCACACUGGGAUCCUGUAUGCGUGUUUCGGAGACACAGCAUACAUCAAUGGUACGAGAUUCUAGGGAUUUAGUAAAGGAGGCCUGCUGGUCGAUUUGACAUAGAGUGAGUACGUUGAUGGCUUCAAUGUGUAGUUCGGAGAGAAGUUUCAAUAGACCUGAGAGUGUUUCGCGAACUAGAAUCGUUGACCAUAUUGUAGAGUUGAAAGUCGAUAUAGGAGGAAUAAUAGGAAUUGAAGAGGGAGAUUGAUUAUGAGUACAGUGAUCUUAAAUGCCAGAGGUAUGAGGGCGGUUAUCACUCAACGGUUGCACACACCGUGGAAGAGUUAUCUAAAGGGACCUGGAAAAGAAAUUGGAUGAUCUUAGUGACCCGAGAGUGUGGCCGCAGUGCCCAAGGGACAACUGCUUGAGGCCGGUCACACACGACCUUUUUGUGUGAAAUUUUCGUGUCACCUCUGUUAUGACCUUGUGAUGUCUGGUUUUUCUAUCGCACGAUUUAUCUACCAAUCCGAAUACGACUUAUACGAA